GGCCCGCACUUCGCGCAGAACAUCGAGACAUGCUUCGCAGCCGUUGGCGCGUCGCAGCUCGACAUCUUCGACGGGCUGCCGAUCCCGAGAGCCAUCCGGGAUACUUUGGUGUCGUUGGACGGCGCGCUGCAGGAGUCGAGGGCCCGCUGGUUGGCCGGCUUCGAUCAGGCGCUCGCCCAGAUCAUGAGUUGGCAGCCGUGCUGGCGCCCAGUCGCCGAGCAGCUCCUCGCGAGCCCACCCCGCCCCAUGACGCGCGAACUGGGCGGCAACACAGCGCUGAAACAGCUCGUCCAGCUCUGUUCCGACAUGGGCGCCCGCCUGAAGCUGGCGCGGCGCGCCCUCGGCGUCGUCGACCCCAGCGUGCUCGCGAAGCUCGAGGCUGGUGCACAGGGCGGCAUGGUGACCAUCUCCUUGACGCACGCGUUGUUUUCUAUGAAAUACGCGCUCAAGCAGCUCAAGGGCCCGAAGAAACUCAAGGCUGCGGGCUGA